AUGAGUUCCCGCGCUGUACCAUACAGGUGUGUUCAAAUGAGCAGCACAUUUAAUCACUUCUCGAUUCAAUUUGUGUUAAUUGUCUUAUUACUUACACAAUUGAUUUCCUCCAGUCCUUUGUUGGUAGUAAGGAGAGUGCAGCCAUCGUAUUACCAGACAAUACAACAGCUAGAAAAAAUGAUAGACCACGAACAAGUAUUGCGAAGGCAUCGGAAGAGCAUACCAGAUGAAUAUUUCACCGAGUUUUCAGCCCUGGAACUUUUGGACCGACACAGAAGGGGGCAGCCGAUUUCUGACUAUACAGAUGAAUUCAGUGCGGAUCCUUUUGAGGAUGUCUAUUUCCUCAGGAUCUUCCAUUUGUGGGGACGAAGACGGGGAUCUUUUGCUCGACGAAGAAGAAGAAAUAGAUUUUUAUGCGAUUCUCAAUGUUCCCAAAGAUGUGAAUAUUUUACAGAAAAGAAAUACAUAAUGGCGACAGAUGACGAGAUCAUAAAGGCUUACCGCAAAAGAUGCCUCAUGUUUCAUCCGGACAGAUUCACUGAUAACGAUGAGAAAAAAGACGCGGAGCGUGUUUUUGUGAAACUAAGAAGGGCUCACGAAGUACUAUUGGAUCCGAAACAAAGAGCGAUUUAUGAUGCUCUUGGAGUACAAGGAUUGGAUACACAGGGAUGGGAGCUAGUCUCCCGGUCAGCAAAUCCAGAGAAUAUCCGAAAAGAAUAUGAGUUUCUCCAACGACUGAAGGAGCGCGAGCUGAUGUUACAAAGAGUUCACCCUACUAGUACAUUCAUGAUCAAAACCACAGUAGCAGGAAUGUUCCAAGAAAACGAGGAAGAUAGAUAUCCACCUCAACUUUUGGGAAUCUCUCUUUCUCAGUCAGUUGAUUGUGCUUUCACUGGAGUCGAUCGUUUCGGACUUUCAGGAAGAGUGAAAACUGGUAAUGGACGAGGAGAUGGUAGUGUGUCGGCUGUUUGGAAACGUGUUGCUGGAAAUGUUAAUUUAGAAAACACUGUUUCUCUGUCGGCUGAUUCUGUCUCUCUGACGUGUCGGGCUGCUCGUAACGUCUUCACAAGAGCUGCCGUUAUUGUACAACCACAGUUACAGUACAAUAUGCUUCAUGAAGCGUUCAUUCCAUCUAUCGCAUUGAUUUACUCAAUGAAGCUUCAUCCUCGCUGGCAAGGAAGUAUUGUUCUGAAUAUCUCACCAAUUGCGAACGCUCUCACGACAACAAUGGUCCAUACUGAAAAUAACCAUGCAAAAGCAGUGGGAAGUUUGACGCUCUCUCCGGUCAAUUCAAACGUUCGUUUGGUGUAUUUCAUCCGGAAACCUGAAAAUGAUGCAGUCACAGAAAUGUCUGUACAGAUGACCACCUAUGGAAUCAAUCCAGCAAUCAUUAUGGAUCGUCGACUGUCGAGAUAUUCCCGAUUGUCUUGUUCUUUUCAUUUCUCAUUCCCCUCGUGUUUAUUGUACACGAAAUUCAAACUGAAGGCUGGACAAUCUACUUUCGACUGGCAAAUCGUUUUAUGCGACGACAAGGAGGCUCUUUCUCGGAGUGUACUUUAUGGUGUUGCGAUUCCAUACUUCACUUUCCAACUGGCGAAAAUGAUUUUCCGUCCAUGGUGGGAGAGAUUCAAGAUGAUGUUUGAGGACAAUUCACGAGAGCAAGAAGUUGAUGUAGCAAAGAAAGAAGAAGCUGCGAAUAUUGUGAAUCUAAUGAGAGCAACCGCUGAGAGAAUAAAGAGAGACGAAGAAUCGAAAAAUGGAGUCAUCAUCGAAAGUGCUCGCUACGGCCAAUGCGAUAUCAGCGGAACGAGAGCGUAUCCGUUAGCUGGAGAACGAACGAUUGAUGUGACGGUCCCUCUUCAAGCAAUGGUUAAUGAUAGCCAACUCCGCGUAUAUACUGUGAAGAGUCAAUUGCCAGGAUUCUACGAUCCCUGUCCAGGAGACCCGAAGAUGCUCACAGUUCGGUAUUUCUUCCGUGGAGAAGAGCAUUCGUGCACUGUUGCAGAUGAGAUGCCCUUGAUGAUUCCACUGAGAGGCGAGAUUGAUGCUAAACCUUUACUCAUCGACUGA